AUGAAGUCCCUGAUCUCAGAGCAGCUCCUCUGUGUUCCGGCUGGGCAGCGCCAGCGGUGGGCAGUGAGCAGAGCUGACGGCCAGCUUCUCUUCCAGGCGCUGGAGGACCGGCCCAGCUCACUCCUGGUCGACCAAGGAGACAGCAGCAGCCCCUCGUUCAACCCCUCUGACAACUCCCUGCUCUCCUCCUCCUCGCCCAUCGACGAGAUGGAGGAGAAGAAGUCUAGCUCUCUGAAGAGACGGCACUAUGUUCUACAAGAAUUAGUGGAGACAGAGCGGGACUAUGUCCGGGACCUCGGCUGCGUGGUUGAGGGCUACAUGGCACUCAUGAAAGAAGACGGUGUUCCCGAUGACAUGAAAGGAAAGGACAAGAUUGUGUUCGGCAACAUCCACCAGAUUUACGACUGGCACAGAGAGUUACAACUCACCGACUUGUUGAUUAAACCCGUGCAGAGAAUUAUGAAAUACCAGCUGCUGCUGAAGGACUUCCUCAAGUAUUCCAAAAAAGCUAGCCUGGACACAUCGGAGCUCGAGAGAGCUGUGGAAGUCAUGUGCAUCGUCCCCAAGCGGUGCAACGACAUGAUGAACGUGGGGCGCCUGCAGGGAUUCGAUGGCAAGAUCGUCGCCCAGGGCAAGCUGCUCCUGCAGGACACGUUCCUGGUCACAGACCAGGACGCGGGCCUCCUGCCUCGCUGCAAGGAGCGCCGGGUGUUCCUCUUCGAGCAGAUGGUCAUCUUCAGCGAGCCGCUCGACAGGAAGAGCGGCUUCUCCACGCCGGGCUUCCUGUUCAGGAACAGCAUCAAGGUGAGCUGCCUUUGCCUGGAGGAAAACGUGGAGAACGACCCCUGUAAAUUUGCGCUGACGUCGAGGACAGGGGAUGUGGUGGAGACCUUUAUUCUGCAUUCAUCCAGCCCCAGUGUCCGGCAGACGUGGAUCCACGAAGUCAACCAGAUUCUAGAGAACCAGCGCAAUUUUCUCAAUGGUGACGAGGCUGCACCCUUGACGUCACCCAUCGAGUACCAGAGGAACCACAGCGGGGGCAGCGGCGGGGGUAGCGGAGGGAGCGGCGGAGGCGGCGGCGGCGGGGGUCCGGGCGGCAGCAGCGGGAGCAGCAACCACGGAGGUGGCCCUGGCAGCGGGGGCUGUGGCGCGAUGCCCAGCUCGAGCCGAGGGCGGCCCUCCAGGAUCCCGCAGCCUGUCCGACACCACUCCCCCGUGCUGGUCUCCUCAGCCGCCUCGAGCCAGGCGGAGGCAGACAAGAUGUCAGGUACGUCCCUCCCGGAGGCGGCCCCUGGCCCGCCCAGCAGGCCCCCGCCCAGUGGAGAGCGCGAGGGUCCCGACCGAGACGCCGAGCCAGUGCCCAAGAUGAAGACGAUGGAGAGCCCACGGAAGUCCACCAACGGGUUGGCCAAAGAGGCGCGGGGGCCAGCGGAGGACGGACGCCCGAGGGCCAGCCUGGGCGCCCUGCCCCUGACCAAGCCCCGGCCGGGAGCCACCUCGCCCCUGAACUCGCCGCUGGCCACCACGUUCCCCUCCCCGCUGGGCAAGGAGCCCUUCCCCCCCAGCAGCCCCCUGCAGAAAGGGGGCUCCUUCUGGAGCGCCACCCCCGCCUCCCCAGCCAGCCGGCCCGGCUCCUUCACCUUCCCGGGGGACAGCGACUCCCUGCAGCGGCAGGCGCAGCGCCACGCGGCCCCCAGCAAGGACACGGACCGCAUGAGCACGUGCUCCUCGGCCAGCGAGCAGUCCGUGCAGUCCACCCAGAGCAACGGGGUAAGCCCGCCGCCGCCAGCUCUUUAUAAAUUUUUAAUACAUUUCCCGAAAAGGGUCUGUGUCUCUCUUUAUAAAAACAAAGCUGGCUGUUGCACGUAUAUCCCUUUCUCUGGGACUCUUGAGAUAAAGCUUUGCUGGGUUGGCUUGGUUUUGCCUCUCCUCCUACUUCUUCAGAGUGAAAGCAGCAGCAGCAGCAGCAAUAUCUCCACCAUGUUGGUGACACACGAUUACACGGCAGUGAAGGAGGAUGAGAUCAACGUCUAUCAAGGAGAGGUCGUUCAAAUUCUAGCCAGCAACCAACAGAACAUGUUCUUGGUGUUCCGAGCCGCCACCGACCAGUGCCCCGCCGCUGAGGGCUGGAUUCCGGGCUUUGUCCUGGGGCACACCAGUGCUGUCGUCCUGGAGAACCCCGAUGGGACCCUCAAGAAGUCAACAUCUUGGCACACGGCACUCCGUUUAAGGAAAAAACCCGAGAGGAAAGACAAAGACGGCAAAAGAGACGGCAAGUUAGAGAACGGUUACCGGAAACCACGGGAAGGGCUCAGCAACAAGGUGUCUGUGAAGCUCCUCAAUCCCAACUACAUUUAUGAUGUUCCCCCCGAGUUUGUCGUUCCAUUGAGCGAGGUCACGUGCGAGACAGGGGAGACCGUUGUUCUCAGAUGUCGCGUUUGUGGCCGUCCCAAGGCGUCCGUCACCUGGAAGGGCCCUGAACACAACACCUUGAACAACGACGGCCACUACAGCAUCUCCUACAGUGAUUUAGGGGAGGCCGCUCUGAAGAUUGUCGGCGCGACCACGGAGGACGACGGCCUCUACACAUGCAUUGCGGUGAACGACAUGGGCACGGCCUCAUCGUCGGCCAGCCUGCGGGUUCUAGGUCCAGGGAGUGAUGGGAUCAUGGUGACCUGGAAGGACAACUUCGACUCCUUCUACAGUGAAGUGGCUGAGCUCGGCAGGGGCAGGUUCUCCGUCGUGAAGAAAUGUGAUCAGAAAGGAACCCGGCGAGCGGUGGCCACCAAGUUUGUGAACAAGAGGCUGAUGAAGCGCGACCAGGUCACCCACGAGCUCGGGAUCCUGCAGCACCUCCAGCACCCCCUCCUCGUCGGCCUGCUGGACACCUUCGAGACCCCCACCAGUUACGUCCUGGUUCUGGAGAUGGCUGACCAGGGCCGCCUCCUGGACUGCGUGGUGCGGUGGGGAAACCUGACCGAGGGGAAGAUCAGGAUGUACCUGGGGGAGGUGCUGGAAGCCGUCCGAUACCUUCACAACUGCAGGAUCGCACACCUGGACCUAAAGCCCGAAAACAUCCUGGUGGAUCAGCGCUCGGCCAAGCCAACCAUCAAGCUGGCCGACUUUGGAGAUGCCGUCCAACUCAACACGACCUACUACAUCCACCCGCUCCUGGGGAACCCCGAGUUCGCGGCCCCCGAGAUCAUCCUGGGCAACCCCGUCUCCCUGACCACAGACACGUGGAGUGUUGGAGUGCUGGCCUACGUGCUUCUCAGCGGCGUUUCCCCCUUCCUGGACGACAGCGUGGAAGAGACCUGCCUGAACAUUUGCCGCCUGGACUUUAGCUUCCCGGACGACUACUUCACAGGGGUGAGCCCGAAGGCCAAGGAGUUCGUGUGUUUCCUCCUGCAGCAGGACCCAACCGCAAGGCCCUCGGCGGCCCUGGCCCUGCAGGAGCCCUGGCUGCAGGCGGGCCUCGGCAAGAGCGCGGACACGCUGGACACGUCCCGACUGACCUCCUUCAUCGAGCGGCGCAAACACCAGAACGACGCUGGACCGAUCCGUAGCAUCAAAAACUUCCUGCAGAGCAGGCUCCUGCCUAGAGUUUGACCUGUCCGGAAGCUCCUUUCUCAUUCUCUUUCACCUGCCGAUCAGCUGUGAAUUCGGAUGCUGGAGAGGAAACGCAAAAGCGAAACAAAACGAAACAAGCCCACAAACGCAGCCCACUGCCGGUGUGUUCAUCCUGUCACGCUGCCGCCCGAGAGCUCUUGGGACUCAGCGCUGACGCUGCGCUGGGUGGACCCCCCGGCCCCGCCACCCUCAGCGGUUACGGAGGGCCGCUGCCCUACCCACAGUAUUUCAUUCAGGUUUCUGAAGAAGAAAAGGAAAAGAAAAAAAACUGCAACAGAGAACUUUUUUUAAACAAACAGGAAUAGAAUUUUGCCAAUCCCACCUUUUCCAGAUUCACUCGAGAAAAAGCGCCUGCGUGGUAUGGACCACGGGGCGUUCACGAACCAAUCAAAGAUACCGCGCGCCCCCAGGAGGAUGUGCCCACCAGGCGACCAUGCCUGCGGCCCCAGCUUGAGCCCGGUGCCCACCUGGCUCUAAGCUUGCGUGGCCGCCUGGUCUGCCGGGUGUCACCCCGGACGCCAAACAUGCGGGUGACCUCAAGACUGCUGCAUAAAACUAGAACCAAUCGUUUUGCUCUGAUGAAAUGUAGGCCUUACUUGUACAUAAGACUGUACCUGCCUUCCGUCUGCCCUUCCCCGCUGCCCCUCUGGCACCCACCCACCUCCUGGCCGUACCCUCCCAGAGAGGGGGGUGGGUGGGGACAGAGGGCACUGCCUGCCAUGAGAGGACAUAUGGCUGGUCCCCCCUGCCCAUCCCACCCGGUCAAUCAGAUGGUUGCACAGUAUACAGUCAAUGGAAAUACUGUACAUGCACUCACUGGGGUUUCUGUGUGUUUGAUUUCAUAUCAUGUGCAAUGUUUUGGCUUUAACAUUUUAUGCAACUAUUUAUGAAGACCUCUGUUGUACCUGUAAUAAAUGCAUAGAAAAAGCACAUGCUUCGUUCAGUGAGCUUUAUGGUUUGGGGCGUGUUGCAGGGACGGGCUGGGGGAGGGUGGGUUGUAGCCCGAGAGGGCUAUGGGAUCCCACUGAUUUAACUCUUUGUGAAAUUUGUCCGUUUUGAGGUUUGUUUGUUUUUUUUAAAAAAAAAAAAGAGGAAAGGCGUGAUUUCAUACCCUGAAAAUAAAACUGGAUAAUAGGGUAAUAGAUUCAAAUUGAUUAUGCUAUUAUUCAGAAUGCCAAAGUAUUAGUUGCCCCCUUGCCCCAUCUCCACCCUUUACCCUAAAUCAGUCUGGACCUUUACAACUUCUUAAGACUUUUCUGAUGUCUGAUGAUGUUUCAACUUUCCGUACAAACAUUGGCUCAAUUGUGAGCUGAUUUGUGAGUCACUUGAAGCCGACCAGCAGAAGCUGUGGCCUGCUGGAGUCCCGGGUCACUGUGACAGAACUCACACUGGCCAGGGGGGCGCCCUAAGCCAAGGCAGCUGGUGUCUGGGCAGGCCUGCGAUUUCCUGGACGUCUUUUUAGCAAAAGGCCAGCCAGCCUGCUCCCCAGGCCUGCCGGAGGCCUGGGUCUUGAGCCAUAAACGGAUGUAGUUUAAAGCUUUGCAGCUGCCAGUGUAUUUUUAUUUAUUCUUUGGUUGCUUGAUUUUGUUUUUGUUCAUUUGUUUCCUCUUGUAAAAUUGUACAGAAACUUUUUUAAAGGAAAUUGGAUUCAAAACUGGAUAUGGCUCCAUAUAUAACCUCAUAACUUUUAUUUGUGGAUUUAUCAUUUUCCUUCAUGAUUUCAGUUCCGUUUUCUACAUGAUUUUUGCAUGUAUAUUUCUUUGUACAGAGACUUGACAUGUUUACACAGUGUGAUGUGAUGUAAAUAUUUUAUUUUGCCAUCAGUUAUUUUAAAAAAUUAAACACAUUUGCCUGA